AGAGUGUGACUGACUGGGAGAGCGAGGGUGUGUGUAGUAGUAGUCUGUGUUGUACAGUUAGUUUAUAGCGUACUUGACUUAGCAAUGAGCUUGGCGCUAAUCCAAGGCUAUUCUUCUGCCGAAGAAGACGAAGAAGAGCCACAAAAUGGCUUACCCCAUCAUAAACACGGCCUCCAUUACCACUCCUCAUCGGACGACGACGACGACGACGAUGGUCACCACAAUCAUAACGAUGUUGACGAAGACGAUGAAUCUGCAGCCAUCAACCGUUCGAUCCGCGACAGAUCCCUUUUUGAUCUCCCUCAACCCAGUGUCUCCGGCCUUCCUUCUGCUUUCGACGCCUUCUCCGAGGUUGCAGGGCCGCCCGAGUUUCUAAACAACUCUGUUGAAGAGUUUGGUUCAACCAAGGAAGUGGAUCACCAGCAGUAUGUGAGACAUGGUAGACGCAGGAAUCGCCGAGACAAGAAAGAUUUACCUUCCGGUGUUGUGGUGGAAGCAAAACCUCAACUUGUGGGAAUCCAUGAGCGAGUAAGAAGUGAUAUUGAGGGUAAGCAACCUCCUACAUCAACAACUUCAGGCACAACAGAGGGAGGCAAGCGUGUGGCAACUGCAGCGAAUCCAAAUGCAGAGGAUGCUGCAGAACUGUUGAGGAUGUGUUUACAAUGUGGUAUUCCAAAAACCUACUCGAGUGCUCGUGGAAUGGUAUGCCCAGUAUGCGGUGAUCGCCCUCCAGCUGAACCAGGCACAGAGACAAAGAAGAAGGGUUCUAUGGUCAAAGAUAAAGAGAAGAAUAAGAGGAUGAAGGGUCAAUCAUCUCACGCUACUUGGAAAAGUGAAACGGAGAUGCAUCUUCGGCAGCAAUUCGAUUAGCAUCAACUUAUAGGUUUGUUAAAUGGGAUUGAUGUAACUUGUUUUAGCAUUAGGACUGUACAAUUCAUACCCAUCGUUAGCAUUGUUCACAGCAGUUAAUACAGUUUGAUUGUCACUUCCAAAGUGAGUCCGGGUGUAUUCUAUGCAUGCAUAGAUUCAAAUAGUGCAAUAUUUAUGUGAUUUCUUAUUGUUGAAAACAGAUAGAAAAGUGCUACGUUCAUCCAUGCAUUUGAAUAA